AAGCACAUUUUCACUAGUGUAAUGUCCACUCAUAUUUUGAUACUGAUGAAUAAAUUUUUGCGGUGGGUGUUUAUCAUAGGCGGUUGUUUUUGGAGAGGAUAUAGAGUAACUGGCAGUUCAGAUUUGCCACAAAGUUCGACCAAUCCGGGAGGGUGUUUGAGGUUAUGUCAAAACGAUCCGAAUUGCCAUUUCUUCUCGUUUUCUUUGAUGGAGGAUCAGUGCUUUAGGCCGAGUGGACAACUGAAGCUUGAACGAGAUCCAAAAUCAGCCAUAGGGUUGCCGCUUUGUGGCAGGUACGUUAACUCGUCCACAUUCAUUAUCACGGCCAAUCCAUCGGACAAUUCUGUAAAUGGCGUCCCUUUCGACUUCCUCAUGGACGGAUCUCUGGAGAGCUCAAUCACUCUCACCGGGCAAGAGAUCCAUAUUGAUAUGGCAGAGAACCAUUAUGUGGAUGGAGUGACAAUUCUCUUCAAAUCUGGAAGUUCAGGGUUCAGUUUGCAAUACAAGUCGAGCUCGGAUGAAGGCUCUUUCCGAGAGUUGGCAAUCAAGGAGACGCGAGUCUCAGACUUGGCCAUCACUUGGAUAUUCAAACAUCCACAUUCUGUGCGGCAACUUCAAAUCCAAUCAGAGCUGAGCACUAACGAAAUCAUUGAGGUCAUUCCUCAUUUUUCCGAUCUGGAUUUGAUACCAAAUGUGAAGGAUUGCUCGGAAAUGUAUCGCUUGGGGUUCCAUCACAGUGGAUCGUUUCUGAUCGAUCCGAGUGGAGAAAGAAGUCCAUCAAAGGCUGUUCGAGUUUGGUGUGAGCUAGGAUGGACGAGCAUACUCCUUCGCGGAAAAAACGGCUUGACAACGGACCAAAAGCAUUACUUUGAUGGCACGAAUGACAUGAGAGAAUAUCAAGCCAUCGCCUCAGACAACAACAACGAGAGCAAUGAGUAUUGGAUAGGACUGGAGAAUCUCUACAACAUUGUUGGUGGAACCGACCAUGAGCUUAUUGUGAACUUGUGGGAUUUAGAUGGAAAAUGGUCCCAAGCGCAUUACCAAACCUUUUCCAUCGCAGAUAGCUCUUUGGAUUAUCAGUUAACGCUCAAGGACUUUCAAAACUCGACUGGACUGUCUGAAGCGGGCGAUGCUUUUAGCGAUCAGAACGGAUCCAAUUUCUCAUUGAAGGCCAAUUCUCCAUGUAAUGAAAAGCACAUGGCGAGUGGCUGGUUGAAAGAGAUGUCGGACCUGGAUGGAACUUGUACUCGAGCUAACAUUUUUGGAAGGAAUGACCAAACUUCUGAUUUCUUUGAGCAACAAGUAUUUUGGCGAACUUUCAGAGGACUAGGACGAUAUAUUCCGCAAGUUGACAUGAGACUAAGACCCAAGAAUUUCAAAGCCAGUGACGUUUUGACAGAUGAAACCGAGCUUUUAAAGCACCAUGAAGAAGGCAGAAAAGGUCAAUUCCUCUCCAAUUUCAGUUACGAAUGUGAUAUCGGGUUUGAAAAAAGUCACUCCGUAUCUUAUUUUUGCCAAUGGAACGGAACGUGGAAAAGAGAUGGUUCUCCCGACCCAUUUAGGUGCACAGUUACCCACUGUAAAGAUCCGCCAAUGGCCCCUCCAGGCUUUGAAAUUGAUUAUUGGGAUAAGGAACCACUUCCGAUUGACAAGGCGUUAAACUAUCGUUGCCGAAACGGGAUGAAGCUCAAGGAUCGGACACCUGGAUCAUCUCAACAAGUCCCUUUAAAGUGAUUGCCCUCGGGUCGAUUCGAAGAUUUUCCUGAUCUGGAAUGCGUUACCACGAACUUCUGUGAGGCUCCGGUGGCCCAGCCCGUGAUCCCCGGUGGUUCCACAUGGGACGGCGAUGUGCGUCUAAACCGUCCAGGGGUCGCUUACUUUGGCGAAUGUCUGGGACGAUUCAGCACUCCCAAAUUAAUCAUCC